GGGCCCGGGCCGCGUUCGGAUCGAGCAUGGCCGGGAAGCGGAGCGGCGAGGCCGGGGAGCGGAGCGGAGAGCCUGCGGCCAAGCGCGCCUGUGGCCCGCGGGACGAGGAGUUCAAUGGCGCCCGCUUCAAGGCGCUGCUGCGGGACCCGGCGGCCGCCGCCAAGGGGCUGGAGACCUUCGUGUCCAUCGCCAAAACGCUGCCGUCGCCCCAAGUGUACGAUGUCGUGGAGGGAUACGUGAAAAUUUCCAUGGAGUGUGCUGAGAUAUUCAGGCUUCUCGAUGGAGAAAGGAAGCCUGAAAGUGAAAUGCUGUUAAUCUUUCAGGCUCUAGAAGCCAUUUUAUUGAGGACAGCCAGCGACCUCUCACAUUUUUCUGUUGUGGGAAUGAACAUUGUCAAAAAGUUGAUUCAUUCCUAUAUGAAACUGGUCUAUGCUGCUUUGUAUUCUGAGAAUCACAGGGUGAGCCGGGGCUGCCUUACCCUGCUGUCGGCCAUGGUGGCUCAGGGCCCGGACUCGGCCAGGGAUGUCUACAGCCAUUUUGACUUCAACAACAAGUACCUGCCUGGAUUGCUGAAAAGAAGGUGUAAGCAGGGCAGACCAGAUGUCCGCAUGGCCUUCAUUCAGUUUGCUCUCUCCUUUCUCAUUGCUGGUGACAAUGCAAUCUUGGCACAGGUGCUGGAACUAAAAGAUUUCAUUCCAGCUAUUCUUCGCUCUGAAAUAAAGGAAGACAGAGUUUCUACUGUCAAUCUUCUGCUCUCCACACUGACAGCUAAGGUGGUUCAUAACAAAAACAUCAGCAAGACACAGAAGGUUCGUUUUUUCACUGCAGAAGUGUUGCUGCACAUCUCCUCACUGUACCGCUGGAAUGGCAUUACUGAUGUCAGCCCUGAGGAUUUAAAGGUGGCUCAAGGUUCUGAGGAGGUGGGCAAAGCAAUGGUGAGAGAACUUGUGCAUAGUUUCUUGAUGGACCUGUGCUGCUCUCUGAAACAUGGCAUAACCUUCUAUGAUCCAAGUCUGGGAACUUCUGGCAAGGGAGGAAAUGUGGUACUUCUGCACUUCCUGCUUGGUUUGAAAACUGCAACAGAAGAUGAAAUGGUUGCUGAUCUCGUGGUGAAUAUUCUCAAAGUGUGCCCAGAUUUACUGAACAGAUACUUCAAGGAGAGCCAGUAUUCCUUUGUUCCUAGAGUGAAGUCUGCUUGGAUGGACAACAUGAAGUUGCUCAAGAAGAUCUACGAGGCUCAACCAGAGAUCUCCAAUGCUUUUAAGAGUUCAGAAUUUAUUCCUCUUCCCAGAUUGCUUUCUAUGGUGAUGGUGACAACAGUCCCUGCAGUGUGCAACAGAACAAUGUUCACCCAAGGGUUAAAUCUGCCCAGCACAGAGGUGAAGCAGAGCAUCCUGUCUCUGGUGUCCAUGGUGCUGAGAAGAGCCCUGAGGAACAUUCAGCACUGCUUGUCUGAGGAAACCUGGCAGAGGUCACAGAUCUACACUCUGCCUGCACUGCAGGAGUUUGUGCAGCUCUACAGAGAAGCUGUCAGCAAGGUUUUGCCAGACAUGACCAGCAUAGUGGCUGUCUGGCAGUCCCUCCUGAAGCAAGAGAGAGAACACAGCAAUGGCCCAGCAGAGAAGAAGGAAGGUGAUGUCCCCACUGUGAAGGCAAUGCCUGAGACAGAAGCUGCUGAGCAGCAUGGUUCAGAUGAUGCUGAGACGCUGCUUCUGAAAGCUGCCCUGCUUCAGGUCAUAUGUCUGUACCAGAAGGUUGUGCCCCACAUGGUAGCACAGAGCAACUUUGAUUUCAGCAAGCUGAUAAAAGGUAUAGUCACUGAAAAGGGUCUGCGGGAGGAGGUGCCUCCUCUCCUGCAGAACCACAUCCUGAAGGUGGCUUUGGAGCUUCCUGCCAAUAAAUUUGCCUGGUUCAAAGUACAGGACAUCUCUGAGACAGAGAAGAUAUCUGGUGAAAAAUCAGUCUUCUAUUUACUGAUGAAAAUGUUUGUUUCAAGUUCCCAUUCUCAUCUGAAAAUUUCCACCAAACAGUUGAUCAUCAAGGUUUUACGUGACAGUGGAGUGUUUGAGUACACGUGGAAGGAACUUUCAGUCUGGCUGGAACACUUGGAUAAUACAAAAGAAGACCAGAAGGAAGCAGUGAUUCAGUUUUUGGAAAGGAUCCUGCUGAAGCUGGUGACAAAGCCCUAUCCCUACACAGACAAGGCAGCAGACGUGGUUCAGGAGGCCAGCAUGCUGCAGGCCUCCCUGUUUAAACAGGACUCUGACAACAUCAGCAUCCCUGUCUCUCACAUUGAUGAUGUCCUGGAUAUGGUGGAUGUUCUGAUCGAGGGCAGUGAUGACUUCGAUGAAGAAAUUGGGUUCUCUUUAAAUGAAGACAUGAUUAUCCAGACAUUUCCCUUCAGUGCUGUUGUCCCUGCUGCAUUAGAGGCCAGGAAUGUACUGUUGCUUCAGUCUGGAGAUGGAACAGGAGCACACAUCGUGGAGUACCUUGCUGCUGUGUUCACUGACCUCCUGCACUCUCAGAGGGAACCCCUUGCUCUCUGCUUGAUGUUCCAGCUCUAUGACAAGGAUCUCAAGUCCCUGAAAGUGUCUAAGUACCCUCAGCUCUACCAGUUUAACCAGUACUACAAGCUCUGGAUACCCAAGCAAUCCCAGGAACCUGUGUUUAAAAACCACAAGGGGGUAAGUGAAGAACCUGCUGUGGCACUGGAUUCUGUAUUUCCCGCUUUGCUCAAGAGUGCCUAUGAGAGAGGAAGCAAUGCCUUACUGGAAGAUGGUGUGCAGGCAAAACUGAGAGACUUGGCUUCCAGGCUGCCCCCUGAGCAGCUCUUGCUGGGAGUGAAGCACGUGCUGCUGUACCUGAAAUCCACCGUGGAGAGCUUCAGCAGUGUUGGUAAAACCUUGGGUCCUCAGCUCAUUGACCUCUAUGUGGACAUUCUGAGCCUCUUGUUGUGCCGGGGCAGUCAGGUAAAGCUGGAGCAGCAGCAGCAGCAGGAGGAGCACCAGGCUGAGUCAGAUCUCUUCAUGGAUGAGGAGUCUCUGAUGGCAGAAGGGUCUUCAAAUGACCAGACCCUGGAGGAUUUGCUCGCCCUGAUUUUCAGACACCCUACGCUGGAGAGCUGGUUCCUGGCCGUGCAGCUGCGCUCUGUUCCUCAGCCUGGCUUGAACCCCGUCACUGUGAAGCUCCUGUCAGCUCACCUCAGUUCUGGGGUGCUCCAGCUGCUGAAAACAGCUGCCCCCAUCGUGCAGGGCCUCACAACAGAUCACAGACACGUCUUGUCCAAGUAUUUCGAGGCUGUCACCAAAAGUGUCCUGGCAGAGCUGCAGGCUGUGGGCAAGGGCAGAAGCCAGGCCUGUGCCAGGAGGUCUCAGCAGCUGCAGGCUCUGGAGGAGCUGCACACGUACAUGGCUGCAGCCCAGCUGAAGGAGAUCACUCUAACCAUGCUGCAGCUUCCUGAGAUGAGCUUGACUGAGCAGAAAUCUGACGAAUCCCCUAAGAAGGGGAAGCAGUUAAACUUCUAUGGACAAGUUUUGGUGAAGCUCCUUACAGACAGCUACCAAAGGCAUCCCCAGCAAGGAGAGUUUCUGCUCUCCACAGGGCACAUUAAAGCUUUGGGGGUACUGAUGUCAGCAUCAGCCAGCAAGGAUUUGGAGGAGGUUUUCCUCCAGGCUCUCCAGAGUGAGCCAGUCCUUGCCCUGGCUGUUGGUGUCGAGGUCCAGGCUCACUGCCUGGCCCGGUGCUCACACACCUCCCUGGGCAUCGUGGCCGUGCUGAUCCAGCACUGCAGGACUCACCUGCUGCAGUUUGAGCUCUGGUGUCUGGGCAGUGGCACUGGGAAGUUCCUCAGGAAGCACAUGGAGAGCUUCCUGCCCCUCAUUAAUGUGUACUUGCAGUGCAGAGACCAGCACAGCUUCAGCCGACCUUCCGCAGUUAUCUCAGCUGUCACCCCUGUCCUGAGGAAAGCCCUGUGGAAGGAGCUCUGUGCCGGCAUCCAGGACAGCGGAGCGUCACACGAGGCCUCUCUGAAACUGCAGAUCCUCGCAAAGUUACUGCCACCUGUGCAAAGCAAAGGGCUGCACAGCCUGAUGGAGUGCCUUCCUGCUGCUCUGGAGAGAGCAGGGAGUGAGGAGAGCUGGGCCGUGGCAGAUGCCAUUUCCACAGUGCUUAAAGACUCGGAGGAGCUGCGUUCCUGGAGGAGACAGCUCUUGUCAGCCUGCAUGAAGGGGUUGGUGGCCACCUACAGCAGCAGUAAGGAGGAAAGCAAGCCAGAAGUGGAGAGGUCCAUGCUGCUGAGGCUCGAGGAAUUACUGGGUGUGCUUGGAGAAGUGGACCCAGAUGACUGGUGCAGCCUUGUGAAGACAGGACUCAAGUACCGGUACAGGGAUGGGACAUUCCUGAGGGUGCUGAACGCUGCCAUCCAGUUACUGUACAAGGAGGAAUCCCCACUCGGGCAGAGCUUGCUCAGGCUCUCCAAGCUGCACAUGAUGGUCACACAGCACUCUCUGUUUCUGUCUGCCAUCCUGAGGCACAGAGAGGAGGAUGGCGCCAACGCCCAGACCAGAGAGGCUCUGGUGGACAUCCUGCUGACGGCUGUGCAGCUCAGCCCCUCUCUGUGUGACAGCAGCCACCUCCCCGUGCUGCUGGGAGCCUACGGGGCCACGCUGAGCACCACAGAUCAGAAGAUACUGCUGCUGCUUCAGCUGUAUGAGAAGAAUAAUCAAAGUCUUAUCAACUCCAGGAUCCUGCUGUGGGGUCCAGCCGCUGUGGAGCAUCACAAGACGUGCAAGAGUCUGGGGAAGUCCCUGUGGCAGCAGCCCAGCAUGGAGGAGAUUCUGUGUCUGCUGGAUCGGGAGAAGAUGAUGAGGACGAUCCUGUCGUUCCCUCAGCACCGCCGGCUGCUGCCAUCACAGGGGAUACAAGAGUCACUAUAUAAAGAUGAAACAGUGAAGAGCCUUGAUGACUUCUAUGAUCCUUGUUUUCUGCUUCAGCUCUUCAGUGAACUGACCAGGCCAGAGUGCGUGGUGGCCUGUCACAAGUUUGUGGAAGUCAGUGCCCUGGGUCUCACCGUGGCUGCCCUGAGCAGCUACGACCCCAGCAUGAGAGCGGCGGCGUAUUUUGUGCUGGCCUCCUUCCGCUGCCACCUGGACGGGGCUCGCUGUCGGGAGCAGAGCCAGUUGCUGUAUCUCUUGGACGCCGUGCAGAACGGAAUCAGGCAGCCCAACCUCAGGCUCACCUUCUCCCUGAGCCUCUACAUUGCCCGUGUGGCACAGCAGAUCCUGAGGCCAGAGGACCACAUGUACAUAAAGGUGAACAGAUUCCUGCUGUCACACCAGUAUUUGGACCUGAGGAAGGUACCAGGCUUUUUCCAGCUUUUCUACAGUUUUGAUUUUGAGUACAAAACAGAGCGGGAGUGGAUCCUCAGGUUCCUUGGGGAAGGGCUGCGUGACAAACACUGCUAUGAGCUCUAUGACUACCAGAGGAUUUUCCAGGUCAUUCUGUCCUUCUUCAACAGUCCUUUGUGUGACGAGGGCUCCCAGCGUCGCAUCCUGGAGAUCUUGCAGAGUGCUGCCCGUGUCACCAGAGCUGCCUAUGAGCUGGUGCAGGAUCACAGCCUGCUCACGUGGCUCCUGCACAGCCUGGAGAGAAGGUACAGACUGUCCAAGCAAGCAAAGGACAAGCAGCUCCUAGCAGAGAAUUCCACCUUCACCACCAGAAAGCCAGUUUCUUGCAUUGUUAGUGAGAGAGACAUGAAGGUAUUCUGA